GAAAGAGAGAGAAGGAGACCCGUGUGGUUUUCUUCCACCCGAGGCCGUUUCUCUCUUAAUGUUUUGGGCUCUUUCAGCGCUAAGAGUUUUUCUCUGUAUUCUCCAUCAUCCUCUUCUUCCUGCUCUGAAAGCUCUGAAAGCUCUGUUUUCCUCAACCUCCCUUUAAAAAUAACAUCAGAUAGAGAUUCUUCCUUUCUCUUUUAAAUGCUUUCGGAUUGGGAUUUACAAGAGGCCGGCCAAGAAGAAGGUCCAGAGCCCUUUUUUUCGUGACCGAAGCCUCUUCCCUCUUAAUAGGUCUUUCUUGCAUUUAGAUAUGGCUCCUCAACAUCUAAAAACAACGGCUGAGAUGGGGUUCUUUCACCCUCCACCACCACCACCACCUCCAUUUCAUGGGGGUUUGGGCUCUCCAUCUGGAGGGAUGGAAUGCAGGAGUAGCGGGAUGGGCUUCUCAAUGGAGAAGGAACAGAACAAAGACUGCGGCUUUAUUGGGGGACAAGUGUAUCAUGGGGAUGAGAAGGAGCAGAGCGAGCAAGGAGAAGGUGGUAACCAUGAGAAUGGCCAGACCAAGCUCUGUGCUAGGGGCCAUUGGAGGCCAGCUGAGGAUGCCAAGCUCAAGGAGCUUGUCUCCCAAUAUGGACCCCAAAACUGGAAUCUGAUUGCUGAGAAGCUUGAAGGGAGAUCAGGGAAGAGCUGCAGGCUGAGGUGGUUCAACCAGCUGGACCCAAGGAUCAACAGGAGGGCCUUCAGUGAGGAGGAAGAGGAGAGGCUUCUGGCUGCCCACAGGCUCUAUGGCAACAAAUGGGCACUGAUUGCCAGGCUUUUCCCUGGAAGGACAGACAAUGCAGUGAAGAACCAUUGGCAUGUGAUCAUGGCCAGGAAGCACAGGGAGCAGUCCAGUUCCUACAGGAGGAGGAAGUCCUCCACCUCCUCCCCAAAUCCUCCCUCCUCUCAGGCCCUUCCCAACAGGAUGGAGGUGAACACCAGCAACAUUGCAUGCAGUGGUGAGUCCACCAUCACCUCCACUAGAGAUGAGUCUGCCUCCACUUGCACAGAUCUCUCCCUCAAUUCCUUCACCAGUGGAACCAUUCCUAACCUCUUCUCUAGAUAUAGCCCUCCCCAGAAGCCACAGCCCUUUGAGUUCCUCAUGGGUUCUGAUGAAAAGCUGGUGGCUGGGAGGAAUGGAUGCUAUGAGAAAUUUGGUGACCAUGGAAGUCGCUUCCCAUAUGUGAUGAUGGUUCCAUGUUCUGAUCAGUCUGGUUUCUCUAAUUCAAACUCUAAGGCCUUGGCAACUGAAUCAGUGGCCAACCACAGGAGCAGAGCUUGGCUGCAUGGUGAGACAGAUCAUAAGAGGGAAAAGAUUAGCCUGCCCUUCAUUGAUUUCCUCGGUGUAGGAGCAACAUAGAAAAUGGGGUUUGCAGCCUAAUGUACAGGGAGUCUAUAAAGGGGUAGAAGAAAAGAGGAGAAAAAGAAGGGGGUGGGUUGGUGGGGAGGGGAGGUUAAAAAGGAGAACAGAGAUGAAGUUAUGGGAAGUUCUUUGUUCAUUAAAAGCAGCACCUUAGUUUUGUUGGUUAAAACCUUUAAUCCUCUCUUUGUUAACUAUUCUCAAUGAGGUUGUUAGUAAACUAAUGCCGUGACCUCUGCUUCAA